AUGAGUGUAGCAACAAAGGGCUUGAUUGAAUUUGUUAAUCCAUAUAAAUUGCCAAAAUUUGUAAAGUAAGUUCAUUUACAAAUGAGAGAAAUUGAAGGAAGACAACCAUUUGGCUAGGGAUUAUAUCAUUGCAACAAUUAUGAGAAUCUAAUAAAAAGACUCACUCCAACGAGAUAACAAUAUAGAUAAUCAAAAGAAAUAGAAACAAGAAAAUAAUUAGCAACACAAGAAUUUUAAGCUUGGACUGAUUAUAUCAAAGAACGAACCCUAGAAUUACCACAAUAACAUUAAGUUACUGGGAAAUAAUUAAAUGAAUUGAGAAGAUCCUAUGAAGUUUUCAUUGCUAAAGGAGAAAAAGGACUCAGACCAUCUGAAUUGCUCAAUGUUUUCAAUGAUUACACAAGAGUAAAUUAAUUUAUGAUCCCAGUCGAUAAUUGGUGUGUGUUGUAAAUGGUGCAUUACAACAUGGGCUAUCCAAUGAACAUGAAUAGAUUAUUAACAUUUGAAGAAAUAGCUACUCUAGUUUAAACAAAAGUUUUAGCUACAUAUGAAAGAUCUCUUGGUUAGGAUCUUUUAUUUAGAGAGAUUUGCUCAUACGGUUAUUGGAACUUAUUUGAUCAGAGCAAAGGUUAUAUGAAUAUCAAGGACUUUAGUAAUUUUGUCAAAAUAUUUAAAUAUAAUGUUGAACCUACAUUAGGCGGAAUACUAAAAGAGUUUGGAUUUGCAGCAAAUCUGUUUUAGGGUGAAUUUGCAAAGGAAAUUGAUCCUAAGGAGGACAUAGUGAGAUUCGAUUUCUUCAGAUAUUUAUUUUUAGAGAGAAAUUUAAUGAUCUGGAGGAAAAUUGAUCCAUCAGGUAAAUAGCCAGGAGACAGGGCAGCUCAUUCCUGUGAUCUAAUAAUGGGAAAACUAUUUAUAUUUGGGGGUUGGAAUGGAAUGAACGCCCUUGCUGACAUUCAUAUAUAUGAUCUGAAUUCAAAUUAAUGGUCAGAAUUAUAAACAAAUGGAGAGUUGCCAUCUUAUCGAAACAAUCACACAACUGCAGUUUAUCAAACAAAAUUGUAUGUUCAUGGAGGUCAUAAUGGGAAUACUUGGCUAGAUGAUCUUUAUUAUUUGGAGACAAAUGGAUAACAUGGAUAAGCUAGUUGGUACAAAGUGCAUCCGCAAGGUUAGAUACCUACUGCAAGAGCAUGUCACUCUUUGAAUAUAGUUUCUAAGAAACUCUACUUAUUUGGUGGUUAUGAUGGUCAAGAAUGCUUUAAUGAGAUAGAAAUAUAUGAUAUUUAAGAAAAUAGAUGGUUGUAACCAACUGUGAGUGGAACAAUACCAACUGCUCGAAAUGCGCAUACAAUGACCAGAUAUAAGGAAAAUUUGUAUUUGUUUGGUGGCCAUUCUGGAGCAUAACAUUUGUAGGAUCUGCAUGUAUUCAAUACUUAUAAAUUGGAAUGGACUCAAGUGCUUACCAAAGGUACUUUGCCUAAAGGAUUGAGAGGACAUACCGCUAAUUUAAUUUAAAACAAUAUCUACGUAUUUGGUGGCUAUGAUGGUUCAGGUAGGUCAAAUGAUCUAUUUAUUUUUAAUUUCUUAACUUAUCAGUGGGUCAUUCCUAAUCAUCAUGGAACUGGAACCCAUUUAUAAAUGGAGGAGGUAGCCUUAUCUCAGAUCCCAUAGCCAAGACAGAGACAUUCAGCAACUGCCACAGAAAAUGAUCUUAUCUACAUCUUUGGUGGAUUCGAUGGUAACAAAUGGCUGAAUGAUCUUUAUGUGUUAGAUGUUGGAUUAUUAGAAAAUCGUACAAUUUAAGAAGAAAAUUAUUAAAGAGUCAUUUCAAAUAUACAUAAAAAUCUAUUCAAUAAUGAAGAACUAAGUGACAUUGCAUUCUUAAUUGGUAAUUAAAAGAUCUAUGCUCAUAAAAUUUAUUUGGCUGCUUAAUCUCUGUAAUUCAAAGCUCUCUUUUUCUCAGAUACAAAAGAAAGUGAUUAGGAGACAUUAAUCAUAGAAAAUUAUUCUUAUAAAUCCUUCUAUAUUUUUCUCCUUUUUGUUUAUACAGGAUUUAUCAACGUGGCUGAGUUGGAUAUAGAAUUAAUGGGAGAAAUCUUAAGUUUGGCUGAUCAAUACUUGAUUGAUGGACUUAAGAAUCUAAUGCAGAAGAGUAUUAAGAAAUAUAUAAGUAAUGAAACUGUUUGUGAUUUAUUAAUCUUUGCAUAAAAGUGUUCUGCUCAUUCAUUAAAAAAUGCUUGUAUGAAUCAUUUACUCAAGAAUAUCAAUAUUAUAUCUGAAUCUCCAAAAUAUGAAAAGCUAGAACUACAACCCUCUUUACUUACUGAAAUUACGAGAGCAUUACUAUAACAUAAAGAAUGA